AGCGGAGGAAGGAGACGGUGGAACCGGAGCGUGCUACAGUGACCUGAGUUGGCGAAAGGAAGAGAAAACACAUUAAAGGCUUCUACAUUGAAGGUCGAUUUAAGGAACGUACAAAAGACAUGAGAUUUGCCUAGAGUCUGGUGGGUUUAUUUUGUACCGAUUGAGGAGGACGCCAUUUGACUCGUCACCUUUGUUGAAAAGAAACGGGCGAGUUUAAUAAGUCGAUAGGUGGACUGACACCUCGGGUAUUAUGGGAUCCAAACGGCACCGCGUAAGCACGGCGGCAACUUUAUUCCACGCAGGCUGCUCACUUUUAAUCACUUGCAUUUUUCCUUGGACCGCCGCGUUCAACUUAGAUGUAGAAAACCCGUCGAUAUACAGCGGACCAGCAGGCAGCUACUUCGGUUAUUCGGUGGACUUUUAUAUGGCACAGUCGGCACGGGAUGCUAGUAUCAUAAUUGGAGCUCCAAAAGCUAAUACCAGCCAGCCGGACAUCAAAGAGGGAGGUUCAGUGUUCUACUGUCCAUGGAGCCGUAACCUGUCUGACUGUCACAGCAUAGAGUUUGACAGGCAAGGAGAUCUCAAUGUGACCAUCAACAGUGUCGAAACCAAAGCUGAGUUCAAAUCCCACCAGUGGUUUGGAGCAACUGUACGUGCACAUAAAGACUCUGUGUUGGCAUGUGCUCCUCUCUACUCCUGGAGAACCCAACAGGACAUUCCUCAGUCAGAUGUCACAGGCUCCUGCUACCUUUCCAUUAAAAACUUUACCAAAUUUGUGGAGUACGCACCUUGCCGCACAGAAUUCCAUGGAAUGAAAGGCCAAGGUUACUGCCAAGGUGGAUUCAGUGCUGAUUUCACCAAGGAUGGAAAGGUAGUUCUUGGGGGACCUGGCAGCUAUUUUUGGCAAGGACAACUUAUCUCUGCUGUUAAGGAGGAGAUCAUCAAGGCUUAUUACCCAGGCUAUUUCCUCACAUCAGUGGCAGGCCAGAUUCAGACCAAGCAGAAAAAAGAGAUCAACUUUGAUGACAGCUACAUGGGUUACUCUGUUGCAGUAGGAGAAUUUAAUGGGGAUGAAGAUGAGGACUUUGUGACAGGAGUUCCUAGAGGUGUACUUCUCCAUGGACAGGUGUCUAUUCUGAAUGGCUCUUUGGAGACCAUGAAAAUCUUUAUUGGUGAACAGAUGGGCUCCUACUUUGGCUACGCUGUGGCUGCUACAGAUCUCAACAAUGAUGGACGUACAGAUUUGUUGGUUGGUGCUCCCAUGUUCAUGAAGCAUGACUCUGAUGGGAGGUUGGAGGAAUUAGGGCGAGUGUAUGUGUAUCUACAGACGGGUCCACUGGAGCUUGUUCCACAUCUACCUCACCUCACUGGCACUCAAAUUUUCAGUCGCUUUGGCAGCUCGAUAACACCACUGGGAGAUCUAAACCAGGAUGGCUUUAAUGAUGUUGCUAUCAGUAGUCCAUUUGGUGGAAAAGAUGAACAAGGAUUGGUUUUCAUUUACAAUGGAUAUGCAAAGGGACUCAGGGAGAAGCCCUCUCAAGUGAUUGCUGGUCAGUGGUCAUCAGUUACCCCUCCUUCUCCUCCUGCAAGUUUUGGCUAUACCAUGAAAGGAGGAAAAGACUUGGAUCACAAUGGCUAUCCAGAUCUCAUUGUUGGGGCUUUUGGAGCUGACAAGGCAGUUCUGUACAGAUCUCGGCCAAUUGUUAACACAAGUGCCUCCUUAAUUGUGUAUCCGACAAUGAUUAAUCCUGAGGAGAAAACCUGCACCAUCAGCAGUGGAAACCAAACCACUCAUGUUUCUUGCGUCAACUUGAGCUUCUGCCUUUCAGCCAAUGGGAAGCACCUUCCAGAAAAUCUAGUGUUUAAUGUUGAAGUGCAGCUGGACCAGCAUAAGCAGAAAGGCGCUGUUCGGAGGGCGUUGUUUUUGGACACCCACCAGUCCACCCUGCUGAGGAAACUUAAAGUGCUCAAUGAAGCCAAGGUGUGCCACGAGACAAAAAUCUACCUGAGGGAUGAAAAGGAGUUUCGGGAUAAGCUCUCAUCCAUCUUUAUUGCCCUCAAUUUUAGUCUGGAUGCACAGGCUCCCGCAGACAGACAUGGCCUUUUGCCGAUCCUCAACUACCAGACCACUGAGCUAAUUGAGCAGAAGGCCCAAAUCUUACUGGACUGUGGAGACGACAACAUCUGUGUACCUGACCUGAAACUUUCUGUAAAAGGUGACAAGACAGAAGUGUACAUGGGAGGUGAUAAUGCACUAACCCUGACUUUUAACGCACGGAAUGAUGGAGGUGGCGCCUAUGAAGCCGAGCUCUAUGUAGUACUUCCUUCAGAGGCAGACUACAGUGGAAUUGCCCGCAAUAACGAGAGUCUAACUCAGCUGACCUGCAGCUACGAGACACAGAAUCAGACCCGGUUCCUUAUCUGUGACCUGGGAAAUCCCAUGAAGUCUAACACCAAUCUGUGGGCAGGUCUGCGUUUCACAGUGCCUCGGCUGCGGGAUUCACAGAAGGUGGUACAGUUUGACCUACAGAUUCGCAGUAAAAAUGAGAAUAACUCCCAGAGUGAUGUUGUCCCCUACAAGCUAGAUGUGGUGGUCAAAGCCAAUGUUAUUUUACAGGGUGUAUCCCGACCAGAUAAGGUCUUCUUCCCACUUUCAAACUGGAAGGUGACCAAGAAUGUUGCAGUGGAGCAAGAAAUUGGGCCUUCUGUAGAUCACAUAUAUGAGUUGGUAAAUAAUGGUCCAAGCCGUAUAAGUCACACACUUCUUCACCUGAAAUGUCCCAUGAAGCUGCAAGGCCAAAGGUUUAUGUACCCUCUGGAGAUCAUCACUAAGGGACCUGUAAACUGCACAACAGACAAGAUUGUGAACCCCCUGAAUAUAAAGCUUCAGCACUCCACAGAGCAGCCUCCUUUAUCAAACCACCACAGAGAGAAGCGUGAAACACACAAGGGAGAUCUGGCUGCGUUGACAAACCUGUCCUGUUCCACGGUUGAGUGCUGGACCCUGCAGUGUAACGUGGGAGUAUUAGAGAAAGGUACCAGUGCUAUACUCCAGGUUCGUUCACGCAUCUGGGGUGAGACCUUCAACAUGAAAAAAUAUAAGAAUUAUAAUCUGGAGUGUGUAGCUAGUUACAAGGUGGAAAAGAUGCCUUAUGCCAUUUUGCCCAGGGAGAUGCCAAGUGGCUCUAAGAUGAUGACAACACCUGUGCUGUGGAAUAAACCAGACAGUCCUUAUGAUGUUCCUCUGUGGAUCAUCAUUCUGGCAAUACUGGCUGGUCUUUUGCUGCUGGCUCUGCUUAUUUAUGUUCUGUAUAAACUUGGUUUCUUCAAGAGAACUCCCUAUGGCACUGCAAUGGAAAAAGCACAGCUGAAACCUCAGGCUGCAUCUGAAGCUUAAAGCAGGCUCGGAACUGCUCAGUAAGGAUGAAAGACCACUGGAUAUCCAUUGCACUGCACUGCACUGGACAGAAAGACCCCAAAGACUCAAAGCCAAAUGAAUGUUUUUUUGUUUUAAUUUUUGUUGCCUUGCUUUGCCGUGGGUUUGGAUUGCAUUCACCAGUAUUAGCCUCACACACUAUUGCAAUUUUUAGAGCCUGGUUCUAUGGACUGAAAGUGUUUACUUAUUGUGAAGGACAAAUCUUGUUUUCUCUGCACUCAUCUAUGCAGUGUUUAGUGUUUUGAUUUUUUUCUUCUCUUUAAAAAAAUGUUUAACAUAUUUUGGUGCUAAAAACAAUGUGUUCACAUUUUGCUCACUACUUUUAAAUGGCAAAUAAUUACAAAAGCCUUUGUUUUACUGAGUUUCAGUACUAUAUUUUACACACAACCAGAUGUAUGUAUGUUUUUUUUUCUCCAAAGAAUAAGGUCACAGAUUUUAUCACCACAACCUUCACUUUCUGCUGUCCUUUGAAUGAUCAAUUUAUGAACACUUAUGUGUCUCUCAUCUUAGAAGAUAGAAGAUAGAGUUAAAAAAUACUAAAGGGUUUUAGAGGAAAAGAUUUUUUCCCCCCCAUUCUCUUUCGUCCACCUCUCACUCUAUAAACUUGGGUUGGUGUCUGUCUCAGGUGAUAAAGUUGUACAGCAGUGCUCAGAUCAGGUGUGCCACACUCGAAUGGGCUUGGAAAUCCAUUGAGGAUUGUAUUCCAAGUGCACAUGUUCCCUCCUGCUGACCUAGUUAACAAGAGUGUUGCCUUAUAAAGUCAUUAGGGUCAUGACUGGAUGUGCAUCAAGCCUUUGAAACCUCAUGCAAUGCCUUGAAGCAAAGCUGUGCUUUGCCGAUACAUAGGACAGACUUGUGCCCUAUGGCACACAUAGCAUAGCAGGAAGUAGCAAACAAUCAGUAAGGGCUCACUGUGUACAUGGAUUCUUUCUUAUCUGUGCAAAGUACAGAAAACCCACUGUAUACAGUUAGAAUGAGGUUAUACCCAAGUGUGUAGUAGUAUUCAAUGCACCCAUCCAAUGAGUACUGUUAGGUGUCUGUAGAUAUUAAUAGAUAUGGUAAGUAAGUAAAAGACAAUCCCAGUCCAAGGCAUCGGUCUAAGCCAGGGACAGAAUGUGGAUGACACACUAUUUUAGUUUGUGUUUGUUUUUCUGGGGUUUGUAUGUGGAUGUGUGCAUACAUGUGCGUCUGGCUUAAUUGGUGUGAGAGAUUUCUUAGUUGUAUUUUCAGUUCUGGCCAUCCUGAAAUUUAAUAGCAUAUUAACGCUAAUGCCGAAGCUGGUGGUAAAGUGAUCACUCACAGAGAGAUGCUGCAUUCAACUGUGUUAGAGUCUUAUUAACUACAAGAAGGAAAGAGAAUGGGCAGAGGGAAAUGCUAGGAUCUGUAUGUAAAGUGCAAUACUGUUUUCUCCUUUUCAUCUUACUGUAUUUUUUUUUUGCCUUUUUUUUAACUACAAUGUUUUCAUACAGACAACAACCUUUUGAGGUGGAGUAAUUAUUCAGGAGAGUUUAUGACUAUUGUUAUUUUAAUAAUCAGAUAUUUGAAAAUGUCCCAUGCAUUUUUUAAAUUAGAAAAUAUCUUAGUUUGAGCUGGCAGGGCUUCAUGUUGAAUAACUUCAGCCUUUUAUCUGAGCAUCACACUAUCAUCCUGUAACAAUCUGUUACAGUUCUAUGUAAGAGAGAAAAAUGGAAAACCAAGUUGAAACGCUGUAAUUGUGGUGUUUGUUGUUAAUGUUGUACCUUGAGUGAAAAAAAUGGCUUGAGUGUUUUUAAUCACACAUUGUUUAGAAAUGUAACAAGCCUUGCUACGAAUUAAGACUCAAAAUGAUGUCAUUUGCUUGUUCUCAAUGCAAUGUUUAGCUCAGUUUCAGACAUUUAUUUAUACCUCCAUAAUUAAAAUGUUUCUUUUCAUAUUAUCUUUUUUUUCUGCAGCAGGAAGCACUGGUUAUUUUUUGCCCCAUCCCAACCCUUGUACCCACAUAAUUUCUUUUAGUUUUAAUGAGGUGUAUAUAUGAUGUUGCAGGGAGGUUUUUUUUUUUCUUUUAUAAAACAGACAUAAAAUUACAUCACCCCAUAUUGGGGAUAAUUGGAGGGAUGUUAAAGUAAUUAAUUAUUUGUAUGGUAUUUUACAAUUUGCAUUUAAAAUAAAUCUUUCAAUUUUUA